AAUCAUUCUAAUCAGUAAUAGUACUUCAAUAGUUUAGUUAAGUCGUAGAUUCUUUUUCUAGAAGUUUCAUUUUUUUGUUCUGGCAAAGUUAUUUUAUUUAAUUAAAAUGGAACAGAAAGAAUUAAAAAAUAUUGAACCCAUCUCAGAUUUAGGGUUAUUUGCUACAGAAGAUUCAUUAACAUCAAAAUAUUUUCCUACUCCGCUCUGGAAACAAUUCAUUGAUAUUGAAUGCAAUCUAAAUAAAGAAUUGGCAAAUCUUAAAUUUCCAAACAUUACUCACGUUUAUAAUCCAAUUGAAUAUGCAUUUGAUUUGCAUUGUCAGUACUUAAAAAAGUACCUAAACGGUCCAAAGAAAAUGCUACUAAUUGGAAUGAAUCCUGGUCCAAAUGGUAUGGCACAAAAUGGGGUUCCUUUUGGAAACACAAACACAGUUAAAAAUUUGAUGAAAAUUGAAGGUCAAGUCGAGCAACCACCUUCUUUGCAUCCGAAACGACCAGUAACAGGUUUGGCAUGUAAAACUGAGGAACCAAGUGGUGUUCGAAUUUGGACUCUGAUUGGAAAAUUAGCUGGAAGUUUGGAAAUUUUCAGUCAGCAAUGCUUUAUGCAUAAUUUUUGUCCUCUAGCGUUUUUUGAUGUUCAAGGAAAGAAUAUUACUCCGGGAGAAUUAAAGGGAGAUGUAAAAGCAGAAGUUCGUAAUAUUUGCCUAAAAUAUCUUGAACAAGAAAUUCAACUUAUUCAGCCAGAGAUUAUUAUCGCUAUUGGUUCUUAUGUUGGUGAUUGUAUGAAGAGAUUGGCUAAGCAAUCAAUUUAUAUUGGGUCUAAUAUCAAAAUAUUGCAGCUGGCUCAUCCAAGUCCACGAAGUGUAAAUAACAACAAUUGGCCAGAGAAGGCUACAGAAUUUUUUGAAAGUAACGAUCUUCUUAAAGUUCUUCGAAACGAUAACUAAAAGACCAC